AUGAACUGCUGGUCUGGAUUUCAAAUGGCUGGUACUCCCACUGUACCUCAGCCGGCAGGUACGAUGCACACAAGACGUGAUCAAUCUAAGUGGGGAGAAUUUACAAGCAAUGACUUGACAUCAGGCUAUACGGAAGCUCAACGAUAUUUGCAACUAUUUGGACAUCAAGACCAAAUGAUGAUAAUCGGCUUGAACUCUACUAAAGCGUUUAAGGCGAGGUACCCUGCGGGCCUGCUUGACCAGGGAAGGUGGGGCUUGAGCAGGUCAAUUGCGACUUCCGCGACUUCUCCAGACUCACGCGUCGUGAAUUCGACAUUGGCAACUGAAGCGGCAAUGCCUACAACUUCCUCGAGAUUGGUACCACCAUUUCCUCCCACCACAAUCACCACUUUUCAUACGCCCUCCCGCUGA